CUUCUUCUUACUCGGUUGUUGUAUAUGUCGCAUCCCGGAAGUUGGGUAACUGCCCGGCCUCUGCUCAUGAGGAUUAUUUUUGUCUGUUUAAUACUUCUACUUUUUUAUUUCGAAUAAUAAAAUGGUCAAUCUUGGUAUUACUAAAGUGGACGAUGCGUUGGCGGCAAAACACCCGGGCUUACAAAGAUAUGCAGCCUGCCAGUCUCAAGCUUUCAUGAAGGGGACUGGGACAUUUUUGCUCGGUGCUGUUGGGUUUUUUCUUGUCCAGAAAGUUCUGCAGAAGAGACUUCCUUAUCCUCUGCAAUGGAAUCUACUUAUUUCCAUCGUGGCGUCAUCAGGAGGCAGUUACGCCGUGACACGGUGGGAAACGCAGAAGUGCUCGGACCUCUGGUUGCUACUAGAAACUGGAAAAGUCCCGGACAGAUCACCGCCACAGGUGUCUAAAGUAGAGGAACAAACAAAGGCGGGGAAGACCAAAUAUGGCGACGUGAUCGAAUGAAAGUGAAUGGACUCUUGUUAAGUGUGUCACACAACACGGCAGCCACAGAACCAAUGUUGUAAUAGCGGUAAUUGCUCACUCAGCCAAUCGGAAUACAGCUGAGGAGUUCAUUGUAAACAACAAUACCAACAGCUGAUGAGCAGAACAAACAUUUUAAACCACAUAAAUAUGUAAAUGCUGGCCACUUAUCAUUUAGCUACUGCUAUCUCUUUAAAAACUAUGUUAGGAGGCUGCCUACAGCCACAGCUGGUAUAACAAUGUAUUUAACCAGUCGCUAGAAUUAAAGAGCCAAGUGGUAAUUCCCCGUUUUUUUAUUGCACUGAUUUGUUGCUUGAUGCUGACCUACCUCAGAAUUGUUACCCUUCGGAAACAAUAAAUAUUUAAAUGUUCAGUUACAAAUUCAAA